AUGUGCCAGUUUGCUGUCCCUCUACUGCUCCCCCCUGCUGAUGAUGGGUCACACUGCACCCUCAUGUUGUGGGCAAUGAGGGACAUUGUGAAGAAGUGGAGACCUCAGUUAUUAGAAGACAGUAAAGGGUUCAUAGAAGAACAUGUAGUUAACAUUCCAAUGCCAAUCUUCUCUUUUGUCAGAAUAGGGGAAAAUAAAUUGUCCAAAUCUAAAAUUCUCAACCAGAUUCUAAAUCCAGCUCAGCAACAUCACAAUUUCUUCAUCCACCAUGAUAUGGAUGGAGGGAACAUCAAAAGGAAGAUAUCUGAUGGACUUGUGGAAAUUUCCUGGUAUUUUCCUUGUGGUAGCUCAGAUGUUUUCCCAGAACCCAUAGCAGUAACCAACCUACGAGGAGACCUGGAAGCCAACUGGGACCAGUUCACAUUUCUGACUCAAGUCUCCUCUGCUGUGUUCAUAUUUAUUGAGAGUAUUUCUGAGGAUCAAUUCAAAUUGUUUUCAACCUGUAAAAACAAUGAAGCCCAGUAUUAUUUCAUUAUCACUCCAGGAUCAGGCAAAAAUAUUAACUCAGAAAUACAAACAUUCUUAAGGUAUUUAAUAGAGACAUUAAAGGUUAGUACAGAUCAAAUUAUAUGUAAGAGGUACAAUUCAAAUGAUGCCGAUUUUGUGAAAAACAUCCAGGUUCUCCUUGGAAGCUUAUUAAGAAAAGACUGCCAAAAGCGUUCACUAGAGAGUAUGAUAAAACAACCACAUGGGCUCCAGAUUGAUGUAGAUGAGAAUAUUCCUGACUGUCAGAAAGCAAGAGCAUGUGCAUGUAACAUUACAUCUGAAAUAAAAGAUGUUGAAGAGUAUAAAAGGAAAAUGUUGAGACUUCAGGGGGAUCUAUGGAAGCAGCUGUCCAAAGUAGAGAAAGAACUUUGCAGAAUGACAAAACAAGGGGAAAUGGGCACAGAAGAAUAUCGAUCUCAGCUGAAACAACAACGCAUUGCUUUGCAUCAGGAGCAAAAUCAGCAUGAUUUGACGGAACCCAUGAUGUUGUUUAUUACUGCAAUCACUAAUUUGUCUCAGGUAGAGAAACAAUAUUUUCUAAAGUGGAUGAAAUUAGAACUUGAUUUGAUUGCAAGAAGGAAUCUGUCUUCCUUACAGUUGGAAUACAAAGAAAGAAGUAGAUCAGAUAAUCCAGAGGAACUCAAGCAGGUUGACCAAAAAAUCUCAGACAGUUCUUUAGGAAUUGAACAUUUCCUACGAGAGUUAGGACAGUUUUAUGAGGCUGAAUGUUCUAUGGUUAAAGAAAAAAUUAUUGCAGCAGACAGAGCACAGUUUAGAGGACUUCCAGGGAUUGCUGCUGACCUUCUAAAGGAAGGAUUUCCAUUAGAGCUGAUUGAUGGAGAUUCCUCCAACAUUCCACUGAAAUGGAUAACUGAUGUUCUGAAUGACCUUGAUAUCAAGACAGGAGGGAAAAGUAAAAUAAAAGUAAUCACGGUGCUGGGAGUGCAAAGUACGGGGAAGUCCACCCUUCUGAACACCAUGUUUGGUCUGCAAUUCCCAGUGGCCAGUGGACGAUGCACACGAGGAGCCUUCAUGACUCUUCUUAAUGUGAAAGAGGACUUUCAGGAGGAGUUGGGCUGUCAUUUCAUCCUGGUGAUUGACACUGAGGGGCUCAAAGCUCCAGAGUUGGCCUCUCUGGAGGACAGUUAUGAACAUGAUAAUGAACUGGCCACACUAGUGGUUGGGUUGAGUGAUAUCACCAUUGUUAACAUGGCCAUGGAAAACACAACAGAAAUGAAGGAUAUUUUACAGAUUGUGGUCCAUGCCUUUCUUCGGAUGAAAGAAGUUGGAAAGAAACCAAACUGCCAGUUCAUACAUCAGAAUGUGAGUGAUGUGUCUGCUCAUGAAAAGAACAUGAGAGACAGGAAGAAACUUCUGGACCAGCUGGAUGAAAUGACCAAAGCAGCUGCAAAAAUGGAGAAGAAAGGUGGAAUCACAUCUUUUAAUGAUGUGUUGGACUACGAUCUAGACAAACACAACUGGUACAUUCCUGGACUCUGGCAGGGGGUCCCCCCAAUGGCCCCAGUGAACUCUGGUUACAGUGAAAAUGUCCAUAAGCUAAAAAAGCAUUUGUUUGAAUUCUUGAAAAACCAGAAUGCACCUUGCAACAUUGGGGGGGUUUAUCAUAUGGAUAGAAAGCUUGUGGAAAGCAGUGAAACAUGA